AUGGCUAAAGCCUGCCUGAAGGCUAGACCACUCCUACCCACCAAAAUUAUAAAACCAAGACCACCAUCUGCAAUGCUCAUCCUGAAUCUAAAAUCCACCUGUGCAUCAGCCCGUCAGACCGACAAUAUGAGCUUUACGUUCAAGUCAGCAUUCCAGUCCAGCUUCCAGACCAUCUCUGGCUUCAGCGUCCCUUAUGUGAGUCGUAUCUCUGGAGGACUGAAAGCUGGGAAAGCCAUCUUCAUUCAGGGCUCUGUUCCCUCUGGAUGUGAGAGCUUUGUGGUGAAUCUGAAGUGUGGGGAAUCUAAAGAAAAUGACAUCGCCUUUCAAAUUAGAACCCAGUUCAGCAGCAACUGCAUGGUCCUAAACAGCCGCCAACAUGGGGCAUGGGGAAAAAGGAGAAACUGGACUGUAUUACCUUUAAAACAGGGCAGCAGCUUUGAUCUGAUCAUUGCCGUAAAAUUCUGA